UUUACACCUACAGAUAUUAUGAAUUUAAAAUUUUAAAAUGUCUAAUAUGUAGUUAUGAAAAAUAAUCAUAAUUACACAAUGGAAUCAUCAUCAAGUUCAACGCUUGAGAAUGCUAACAAUACGCUUACGGAGUCCGAAAAUAGAUUACAAUUAUCUGGAAUUGUAGACACACAAAUUUUUAUGAAAAGUCCUAAUAGAAUAAAUGAAAAUUUUGAAUUAUCUGAAGCAACAAUUAACAGUAUGGAAUUAGAGGUGUCAGACGGUACUCCUGAUACUGUAAGUUUAUGUACAAUGGAGAACAGUGAAGGAAACCAGUCUGAAAAUAUUUGUCUACAACAAAGCAGUGUAAUAAAUCCUGAGGAGUCAAAUAAUAAUAAAAAAAGUUUAGAUUCGCAGUGUUCUGCAGUGAAUAAUGAUAUUAAUAUGCCAUUCGAAGAUCAUAAUGAGAUUUUGUCUUCUGUAGGUCAAAUGUCAGUUAGUAAUAUCCCAACUGAUGUAAAUGGUGAUUUAGAACCAUGUGUUAGAGAGGAUGAGUCAGUAUUCAAUAACUCACAGGCUGCACUGAACAUGGCUAAUGGAAUUAAGAAAGUUAAAAAUGUAAAUUUGUACUGUGAAAGUUUGGGGCCUAAGAUGUAUGAUGUUAGGGGUAGCUUGGUGACUGAAACGUUGAUACCAAAGAAUUUGCCGGAAGCAUUUACUUAUUUACCAAUCUAUGGCAGACCUAAUAGUAAGGCGGAAGUUCCUGAAUUUUAUAGUAAUAAAAUUAGAGAAUUUGUUGGUUGUGAUUUGGAUGAUGAGGCCUUUAAGCAGUUAGCAGACUAUUGCAGUGUGGAACAUCUUAAAACUGGAAAGGAAUUUAUGAUGAUCACCAAACAUCCAGGACAUGGGCUGUGUGCAUCCGAGAUACAGUCGCCCAACGGUGGCUCUGGUGAUGAAGAUGAAGAUGAUGACAAUGUGGCUAAUCUGCAUAUAGUGAAGAAACAUAAGCAUAGAAAAGAAACUGAUAUAAAAUGUAUUUUUCUAAAACAGAUGAAGUAUAGAGGAAUUAAGUUAAUGCCACUUUCACAAGAGGAUGAUGAUAUGAAUGUGGGGACGUCAGGGGAGCCAUUGCAGCCCGGCAAGGAUUUGUUGUACCGUGUACGAAUAUACAGACCAUUCGCAUACAGCCCCAAAGAGAAAAUGUGUGGGCGUCGGCAGUUAUUGCUGAACUGCGACGUGGUGCUGCUUGGCCGGCAGACGCUGGCGGAUCUCCGGGACCGGAUAGUGUGCCCCAACGACAUCGACAUGCGCAUCGACGUCUCGGAACACCCUGACCAUGUACCGACCUCCACUGCUAAGGAGCUGUUUCCGUCAGGGUUCCUGUUCAUCAACAACGUGAUCUACGUGGACACGCGCGAGGGGUGCCGCGACAUCAGCGCGCCGCUCAGACAGUGGGCCUCCGCCAGGGGCAUCGGCCUCCUGCCGCACCGGGACCUCACCGCCAGGCUCGACGAACUCACCAUCCGCCUGGGGUACCCCGAGGUAUACAUCCACCAAGGGAACUGCGAGCACCUGUUCACAUUCUCCGAAGUUCGAUUACUGAACGCGACGGAUCCUCUCGAUAUAUCUCAUUACCCUCGCCACACCGCCGUGUCUCAAAACCAGACGGUAUACUGCACAACUUGCGCAGAAUUUGGCGCCAAGUGGGUGGUGGUCGGUUCCGAGAGAGUGCCAUUCGACCCGGCUUUCUUCUGUGACAAGUGCUUCAAAAUGUAUUUAUACAAAGAUGGAAAGAAAAUUGGAAAUUUCAAAGCUUACUCGUACAGGGCGAAUGAGAUUAAUGUAUUGAAACCACAAAGUUGAAAUGGUUCGUUUAAAAUAGAAAAUCUAAUUGAAAUAAACAUGACAUAUUAUCAGCACUGUAGGUGUCCCCUCAGAUCGAUCCCCGUUCAAUUCAAAAGGGGAUUGAAAUUACGACGGCCCGAGCCUAGGUUCGGAUCCCUAGCGGUGCCCUCAGACUAAAGUCGUAUCCGUCAGGCAGGAGUUGAUCUUAAGCCGCUCUAUAAGUCCUUCCGUGUGUUUAGAUUGCCAUCUGCACUCGCAUUAAAAUAGUUCGAAAAAAAAACAAUUAUAGGCAGAGAAGCUUGUCAAGUACCAUAUUUUGUUGAGUAUAUUUGAUUACAAAAUAUACUCGUGGUGUGCCAAGGGUGAACCAAUCGUCGAUUUAGUUGAUUUGGUAUCUUUGAUAGUAGAGAAUAAACCAUAGACUAUGGUGAUACGAAGAUUCGACUACCUACUUUUGCACGUAAUGUAGGAAAGUCAUGUUACAACAUUAUGUUCUGUAUAUAUUGAAUUAGUUUACAUAAUUAUUUAUUUGUAUAGAGGCUUCGUGUUUAAAUAUAAUUUAUAAGAACUACUUAUUUUAUAUCUAUGUAAGAAAUUCGCUGAAUACUCUGCAUUAUUGAGAACCAGAAUAUGUGAUAGUUAAUAGAUUCGGUUCCAUGUAUUUUUUUAUUCAUUAUACAUAUGUAUAGAUUGGAAGGAAUGAAAGGGAUAGCAAUAAACUUGACUGUAGAUCUAAGUUUAAGGACUACAUAUGUACAAGCUUUUAGACAUACAAACCCAAAAAACAGGAUGUUAAUAUAUAUUUCAGACAGAAAUAAAUGAAGAAUCAAAAAGUAGAUCAGUCACUACAUGCACUAUCCGUUCAUUAGAAUGACAAUAAUAAAUUAAUCUCAGGACAAUUCACACAGUGCCAUCUAGUCCCAAGUUAAGCUAACAAGCUUGUGUUACGGGUACUAGAUAACUGAUACAGUGCAUAGAUAUUUUUUUUUACCUAAAUACAUACAUAUUAUACAUAGAAAACACCCAGAUCGAUACAAAUAAUCAUACUCAUGAAUACAAAUGUUUGUGUCGUGCGAGGAAUCGAACCCGCGACCAUCGGACGUAAAGCGGUGUGCUAGACCGCUAGACUACCGAGGUCGACAAUGCGUGUUCAAAAUAAUUGUUGGGGCCAUUUUAUGGUCAUAUACUUCUUCAAGUUAGACAAAGUAAGAAAAGCAUAUGCGCAUUUUAGAAGUAUAAUUAUAGUGAAAGAGCUAGAGAGGGAAAGAAGCAAAGGGACUUUGACAUGAAAUAACUAACAGUUUUGGAAAUAUCAGUUUAACCAAUUUAAUGGAUCAAGAUGGUUAGUGCCAAAUAUAUUAAUUAAACUACAGUGAUAUUGUCUUAACUUGUUUUAUUUGUAUAUUAAUUAGGUUUAUUUUUCUUAUUAAUGACUAGAUGUUUCCGCGACUUCGUCCGCGUGGAAAUUAACUUUAUUUUUCUAAAAUCAAAUAAUGGUUCUAAAAUAAAAGUAGCCUAAGUUACUCCUUAUUAUAUCAGCUACCUGCCAAAAAAAGUCCAGUCAUAAUCGGUCCAGCCAUUUCAGAGAUUAGCCGGAAUAAACAGACCGGCAGACAGACAGACAAAAAUUUUAAAAAGUGUUUUUUUGGGAUAUGUAUCGUAUUUAUAUUCAUAUGCAUGUAGUUAAAAACGGUAAUUUCAAUAUUACAAACAGACACUCCAAUUUUAUUUAUAUGUAUAGAUAAUGAAACGAUUUACGCUGGUGGGUUACCAGUGGAAGAUGAAUGAUAAUAUGAGUAUAUCAGCUCAGGUAGCCCAUCGUGGUACAUUCACUGAAUGUAUAAUAUAUGAAAAAAUACAUUGAAUACUCUUUAUCCACGGAUC